AUGCAUACCUGUACCAAUGUUGUCCCCUUCGGGGUGACGUACGAAAAAUUUGGAACGAUACAGAGAAGAUUAGCAUGGCCCCUGCACAAGGAUGACACGCUUUUCCGGAGUGGUAGACCUACGGGUCUCAAUAUUUAUUGUCUCUUUUUCGUCCGAAGUUCCUUACCCCCCUUUCAGUCCUAG